GAGAGAUGCUGAAACUUGCUCGACUCUAUUCCCUGGUUUUCCUGGCCGACAUCGACUUAGGUUUUCUUGAAUUUCCGGGUGAAUGGAUGCUCACUUACGUGUCCUCUGAUGAACAGGAAACUCCGACACGAGUCCUGGAAUCGUGCUUUAUAGAAUCCCUAAAGUUGAAGAUUCCGGAAUCGGCACGAGACGAUUUCCUAAUUCAGACAUACGAUGUAGACGACGGAAAUGCCACGCGUUUCGCUCUCAGAUUCGCCGAUCUUCUGCACAUCGAUGUCCGGACCAAGACCGGUAAAGAUUUCAGAUUCGAUAUCGAACAAGAAAGGGACGCUUCGGUCGUAAAGAAACAGAGACCUACAUUUGACGAUCUUGAAGACAUACAAGUUCUCGACGAGGAGAGGAUCGAUGAUCCACGAAAGCGUAGUAUCGGAGAAGCCUGUGUCCAUCACAGUGCUGUGUUACACUUGUUGAUCAAGAAACAGGUGAGUAUACAUUCCGAAGCUGUGAACAGUGUACUUGAAUGGUCUGCUGUUGCUCCAAACGCUGUUUGUAACGUAAGGUUGGAGCCAAUUAUCUUUCGACCCACUUUUGGAUUAGCUUUAGAGAUUGAGGAUAUGAUAAUGUCGACACGUGACGGAUUGACGAGCAGAAACCGCCCAACGAGGGCUGAAAACUGUUCAGCUGGUGUCUAUUUCAUGCCAGAUUCGUCUGGUGAGAGAUUUGUGUCUGUUUUCAAACCAACCGAUGAAGAAUCGUGCGCUCCGAACAACCCUUUUGAGAAAAUUGCAAUGCCUUCUGGAAGCGGAAUUCCGCCUGAAGCAGGAGCGAUGAGGGAAGUCGCAGCUUACCUAUUGGAUCAUCCGAGAAGCGGCCAUCGCUCUGUUUGUUCCGACUUGAUUGGAUUCGCUGGAGUUCCUCCAACUGCUAUGGUCGAAUGCUUCCACGAUGGGUUCAAUUCCGAUGGAGCCAUGGUGUGGAAAAGAGGGUCGUUGCAGAUGUUCAUCGAGAAUGCUUGCGGAAGUCACGAGAUGAAUUCUUCUUCCCUCUCGACCGAUGAGGUUCACAGGAUUUCGUUGCUUGACAUAAGAUUUGCAAACUUAGAUAGACAUGAGGGUAACAUGCUAGCGAGGCAAAAGAUGAACGGUGAGGUCCAUCUCAUUCCAAUCGAUCACGAGGUUUGCUUCACCGAUUCUGCGUCCGAAGAAUGCCUUUUCGAUUGGACAUACUGGCCGCAAGCUAAGGAGCCAUACGCAUCAGAGAUUGAGGAGUACGUGAAAAAUCUGGACGCCGACCAAGAUAUCGAUUACCUCAAGUCUUACGGAUGGGAUAUGGGACAGGAAUUCGCGAAGACGUUCAGGAUCUGCACAAUGCUUCUGAAGAAAGGAGUGGAAAAGGGGCUCACGGCUUUCGAAAUCGGAAACUUGAUGAUGAAUCCUGACCCAUCCUCUGAAGAGGAUUCUCUGGCUGAGAUGGUUCUUGAAGCUGAAUGUCUUACCCAACAGGAAGAGGCCGAAGAUGAGUUCUUCCAGAAUCUUUCUUUCCUCAUGGAUUUUCAUCUUUCUCAAAUAGCGGCGCGUAAACUCCUUGGACGAGGCUGACUGGAAGUUGUCUUUGUGUUUUUGAACUUGUUGGCUUUUAGUUUUGGUUGUGUAAAGAUUUGAAUCAGGUCCUUAAAAGAGCCGCAGUUCUCAAUGUGUGUUUGUUCAUUUUGAAGUGGAGAAUAU